GAUGGACCUUUACCAGGACUUCUUCCAAAUCAUAAGCAGUCAGUGUUGCUUUUCCUGGAUCGUGUUUAUGGUAUCGAUUCACAGGAAAUGCUUUUCCAAUUCCUGGAGAAAAGUUUUUUGCCGGAUCUUCGUGCCGCUACAAUGAUGGAUUCGGUAAGUUGA